CGUCGGCCUCCUAAGCAAAACAGCGAGGCCACCACACCACACUCACCCAGCUAGAAACCAGAGGGAAGCAGGAAGCGGCCGCUGCAGCUGAGGGAGAGGGGAAGAGUGGGAUCCCCGAAUGGCGAUGGGCGAGGCGAAGCCGUCGGUGCUAAUCCCGAUGCCCAGCCGCGACCGGGACCGCGACCGGGACCUGCUCGUGCCGCCCGCCGCCGUCGCCACACACGCGUCCCCGUCCACCCGCGCCGGCGCCGGCUCCGACGACGACGACGACGAGUCCAAGCCCUCGUCCGCCUCCGCCGCUGCCGCCGCCGCGCAGUCCGGCCGCGAGGCGUUCCACAAGGUUGUGCACAGCUGGGCGUCCAAGAAGUUCAUGACCGGAUGUGUAAUCCUCUUCCCAAUCGCAGUUACAUUCUAUGUGACAUGGUGGUUCUUUCGCUUUGUGGAUGGAUUUUUCUCUCCAAUAUAUGCUCAUCUGGGAAUCAAUAUAUUUGGACUUGGUUUUGUAACUUCAAUAGCUUUCAUUUUUGUGGUUGGUGUGUUCAUGUCAUCUUGGCUUGGGGCGUCUAUUCUUGGUCUUGGAGAGUGGUUCAUAAAACGAAUGCCAUUUGUUCGCCAUAUCUACAAUGCGUCUAAGCAAAUCAGUGCUGCCAUUUCACCUGAUCAAAACAAGCAUGCAUUCAAAGAAGUGGUCAUCAUUAGGCACCCAAGAAUUGGCGAAUAUGCAUUUGGAUUUAUCACUUCAGAAGUUCUGCUUCAGGGUUAUUCUAGUGAAGAACAUAUGUGCUGUGUUUAUGUUCCGACCAACCAUCUCUAUAUUGGUGACAUAUUUCUGGUCAGCUCAAACGACGUGAUUAGACCAAACAUAUCUGUCCGUGAAGGCAUUGAAAUUGUUGUCUCAGGGGGCAUGUCAAUGCCUCAAGUUCUAUCAAUCCUGGAAAGUGAGCCGAACCAGUUGAGCAGGAUCAGAUCCAACCGAAGCUGAGAUUACUUUACAUUUGUAAUUCAUGUUCCAGUCCUUGCUUGUUUCUGUAAGUACAAGAGUAGGUUGUGAUAGAAUGUACAGUUUUCCUGGGUGCAAUGCAAAAUCUGUCUAGACCACACAAGCAGUUACUCACCUUACUGCACCCACUUUAUGAUAGUCUCAGCUUCUCAGAAAUCUAACUUAGCAGCUCCAUUUGAAGUAGAGUUGACCUGUGUUGAGUGGUCAGGUUUGGCCGUGGAAGAAUUUGGCUUACUGCUUGGGCAGGAGGAUUUGGAUUCAUCUUUUUGUCGCCUGGUUCAAACAUUAUCUGAGUCUCAAAAACUUCUAUGCGA